UUUGUUCCGUGACCUUCAUCCUUCCUAUCUCGGCAGGCAGUUGUGACUUCUACACUUCGAGGGAGGUCUUCAUGCCCUUCUUGUUCAGCAUGAUCGGCCCGAAGCACAGCCCCCUCGUGCACAGCGUCAGCAAACGCAUCACGUGGAUCACCGAGGCUGGACUGUACAACCACUGGAUGGACAGCCUCAGCUCAAAUUGGACGGUGUGUGAGCGAGCGCCAUCCAAGAUCACCGUCAGAACACGUUUGGGUCUCGGCAACUUGUGGGGCAUGUUUGCAAUCCUGGUGGUGGGCAACGCGGUGAGUCUGCUACUGUUCCUGGUGGAGGUGCUGGCAGGCCACCACCUCCACUCCCUCCUGACGGCGACCUCCUUCUGGACGUGACCUGGCUCAGUGCCUCGAUACAGCCUCUGUUUUCACAGGAUGCAGCAUUUUGCUUUUAUAAGGAAGAGUGAAUGCAUUUUGCGUGACAAGAGAGCUCUGCA